UGUAUACCAAAAAAUAACGAUAACCUCAACCACUCGACGAGAGAGUUGAAGGAGCAAUUUCCAUCAAGUAAUAAUGUUAUAAUAAAGUAAUAAAAGAUGAAAAAGUCUUGAACUUAAAUUACUAGCGCAGCAAUUACUUUGCAUGAGAUUUAUUUUCACGCGAAUCUAAAUAGCAUAUCAAGAGUCAAUGAUAAAAUUUAUUUGUAAAGACAACAAUGGAUCAAGUGUACAAGCUUUACGAUCGUCAGGCAUCAACAAAGAUCUGCAUAAAGGAUUACUUUCAACAAUACAGCGAAUUAAUUAAGUCAUCUAAGUGUCACGAAAUUGACAAACAAAGCGAAGAAAAGAUUUUCCAACUUAUGGGUACUGAUCUUUCACAAGCAAGAAUACUUUUAAUGAAACAUUAUUGCAGUAUCGAUAAUUUAACAUUACCAAUGGAAGCUGCCAGUGCAGAAGAACAAGAAAAACGAGGAUAUGUUAAUAUACCUGAAAGAAUUUUAGAUAAUAUUUCAUUGGAAACAAUUAAAGUAUUGAAGGUCUUAUCUAAAGAAGCUUCAAUGAAGCCAAGACAUCAAAAUGGUGUUCCUAUUAAAUAUGACAAGCCAAAAUCAUCUGAUAAUAUAAAACCAAAUGAAGAAUUUUUAGUUUACAUCAGGGUGUAUGAACCAUUUAAGAGUCAUCCUAGUUCUUUUAAGCACAAAAUAAAUAUUCCAAUUCUUAAACUGAACAGUAUCAUAUCGAUAUUAGGAUGUCAAACUCUUUAUCAGUUACGUCAAAAGAUAAUGUGUCAAUCCGACUUAUCAAUUACAACAGAAAUUAGUGAAAAUCCAUAUCAAAAGCCUGGACCAAUGGCAAAAAAUGGCUACAAAUCAGGAUUCUUUUAUAUUGAAGAUACAUUUUAUAAUGAUCUCAGUGAGCCAAGUAACAUUGAUUAUAGUAAUAUCAUAAUGGAAUGGGCAGCAGCUCGUGAUAUAGGUCCAUUUAAAGUUGCCACCAUGGAUGCUCAGAUAAAUUCUCUUUGUACAAAGUUUGGCUUUCCAUGGGUAUAUCAACACCAAGGUUGCUGCGAACACUUAAUUGUCUUGACUGAUGCCAGGUUGUUAACUAUAGAUGAUGUAUUAGUGUCAUCUGCUUAUCCAAGAAUAGAAAAAAUAAGACCUAUUUCUGGAAAAAACUGUAUCUAUUGUGGAAUGUUUAACGUACAUUGGAUUGUAACAGAACAUGACAGAAUACCACAUGACAUAAGUUAUUUCUGCAAUAGAUGCUUUAUAUCUUAUAAUUAUGUUGACGGUAAAAAAGUCGGAAAUUUCAAAGCAUACAGUUAUCCUUGUAUACCAGAAUUAAUGUCAGUAAUGAAAAGACCUAAACAAUCUGAAUAAAGUUUUUGUAUCUGUCA